GUAGGAGUGAAGCUGCUGUGGCGGAGGGCACCAGUCCUGGGGUGUGAGCAGCGCAGCCCCCCACCCCCCUUCCCCGCAGCGAGCCGGUUCUCGGACAUGGGGGUUCGGCACUGAGCCCCCCGCACUCUCACUGGGACUGUUUGCACCGCCCCCUGCACCCACCCCGGGAACAAGAACACUCAAGGUGAAGGAUAAUAAUCUACUAGAAUCAGCACUUUGAAUGAAAUUUUGUGUCCCUGUGGCAUCUUGAACAUUUUUUUUCUUCUUUGGGUUUUGAAACAGGCGUUAAACUUUGGCAUAGCAGCUAUGCAGGUUGAAAUCCAAGUAGCACUCAAUUUUAUUAUUUCAUAUUUGUACAAUAAGCUUCCCAGACGCCGUGUCAACAUUUUUGGUGAAGAGCUUGAAAGACUUCUUAAAAAGAAGUAUGAAGGGCACUGGUAUCCGGAAAAGCCAUACAAAGGAUCAGGGUAUAGAUGUAUACAUGUAGGGGAGAAAGUGGACCCAGUCAUAGAACAAGCAUCCAAAGAGAGUGGUUUGGACAUUGAUGAUGUUCGCGGCAACCUGCCUCAGGAUCUUAGUGUUUGGAUUGACCCAUUUGAGGUUUCAUAUCAAAUUGGUGAAAAGGGACCAGUGAAAGUGCUUUAUAUGGAUGAUAAUGAAAAUGGAUGUGAGUUGGAUAAGGAAAUCAAGAACAGCUUUAACCCAGAGGCCCAGGUGUUCAUGCCAAUUAGUGACCCAGCAUCUUCAGUUUCUAGCUCUCCUUCUCCUCCCUUUGGUCACUCUGCUGCUGUGAGCCCAACUUUCAUGCCCCGCUCCACUCAGCCUUUAACCUUCACCACUGCCACAUUUGCUGCCACCAAGUUUGGCUCGACCAAAAUGAAGAAUAGUGGCCGUAGCAACAAGGUCACCCGCACUUCUCCCACCAACCUUGGCUUGAAUGUCAAUGACUUGUUGAAGCAGAAAGCCCUUUCCUCCUCCAUGCAUUCGCUCUAUGGGCUUGGCCUAGGCAGUCAGCAGCAGCAACAGCAGAAGACGUCUGCCCUUUCUCCUAAUGCAAAGGAGUUCAUUUUCCCUAACAUACAGGGUCAAGGUAGUACCAGUAGCGUAUUUCCUGGUGACAGCCCCCUUAACCUCAGUCCUCUCCAGUACAGUAAUGCCUUUGAUAUGUUUGCAGCCUAUGGAGGUCUAAAUGAGAAAUCUUUUGUUGAUGGCUUGAAUUUUAGUUUAAACAACAUGCAGUAUUCUAACCAGCAAUUCCAGCCUGUUAUGGCUAACUAAAAAUAAAACAAAUGAAAUACGAAUAAAUCCUAUUGUAUAAGUUCAAAUGCACGUACCCAAGGGUGUAUCUUUUUUCCCACUUCUUGAGACUUUUUUUAAAGCUUGUAGUAUGAAUUCAUUCAAGCUUGGUUAGAUAAAUACAACAUGCAUCUUUUUUCAUUUGCCAGCCAAGCACAAAGUUAUUUUAUAUUGACUGUACAUUAAAAAAAUAUACUCAAAAUAUGGCCUCUUUCAGUAUUUAAGAUAUAGCAAGGACAUGGCUGAUUUUUAUAUAUAUAAAAAAUUGGCACUAAUAAGUGGGUUUAUUGGUCUUUUUCUAAUUGUAUAAUUUAAUUUAGUACGAAGUUUGUAAAAUAUCAGAGUAUAUAUAUUGUUUCUACAACAUGGUAUUGCAUUUAUAUCUUUUUACUACAGUGAUCUGUGACAGCUGCAGCAGCUUCAUGUAUUUUUUUUACUGAAAUUGUAAAAUAUCCAUCUUAGACAUCAAUUAUUCUAAAAAAAAAAAAAAAAAAUUUGUGUACAGAAUAUUCCUUAGUGGUGGAAUUAAAAU